UGGAAGAAGAUUAGUCUUGGGGAGCGGAGGAGAAGAGGUGCACAUGCUUUGAGAGUUCAUUGCGCACAAAUCGCAUCGUGGGCUGGUUGUGGGAUUCCGAUCCAAUCCAAACUACCAUGGACGCCUUCAACAUGACAUCCAUGAACAGCAGCGCUGUUCUUUUUAAGCCCUUUUUGUCACCCGUGGUGGACAAAACUAUUAACGUCCUCAUGGUGAUUGUCUUAUUCAUCACCAUGAUCUCACUGGGAUGCACCAUGGAGGUGUCCAAGAUCAAGGGUCACAUCGUGAAACCUAAAGGGGUGGUAAUUGCAGUUCUGGCCCAGUAUUGCGUCAUGCCACUUACAGCAUUUUGCUUAGCCAAGGGCUUCCACCUAGCUAACAUGGCGGCUGUGGUAGUCUUGAUUUGUGGAUGCUGCCCAGGAGGAACCCUUUCCAACAUCUUGGCGUUGGCUAUAAAUGGAGAUAUGAACCUAAGCAUUGUGAUGACGUCCUGCUCCACCUUGCUGGCUCUGGGCAUGAUGCCGCUCCUACUCUACCUUUACUGUCAGGGCUUCGGCGACUUGCAGAACGCCGUUCCCUACGUUGACAUCACCGUGGCGCUGGCCAUGAUCCUCGUGCCCUGUGGGAUUGGUAUCUUCAUCAACCACUAUAGGCCCCAAUACUCCAAGAUCAUCACCAAGAUAGGUCUGACCAUCAUGUCCAUCUCCUCCGUGGCGAUUGCCGUCGUGGGCACCGUAGCAUUCCGCAGCGCCAUCCUAGUGGUGAUGUCUCCUCCCCUUUUGGCCACUGGCGCAGUCAUGCCAUUCAUCGGGUUCACCUUCGGCUACGUCAUUUCGUCCAUCUUCAGACUCAGCCAAGCGGAGAGGAGGACUGUCGCCAUGGAAACAGGCUGCCAGAACAUUCAGCUAUGCUCAACCAUUCUGAAGCUGGCCUUUCCACCGGAAGUGAUUGGCCCGCUCUUCCUCUUCCCGAUGGUGUACAUAUCCUUCCAGUUGUUGGAGGCCAUUGCGCUUAUCAUCAUCUACAGAUGCCACCAGAGGCUCAAGAAAAAAGGCAAAGGUAAGGAACAGCCAUUUGUUUUUUUUUCCCCUUAUUGGCUUCAUACAGUACAAUGGAGGCUAUCAGCAUGUUAAAUAAAGCUAAAUUGCAACUUAAUAGGGAAGAAUUUAGUAGAAAAAUUCAUAAUUGGGUCUGUUUGACCAACAGAUGAAUAUCAGCCUGCCAUGACUGAUGCCGGACUGAAAGCAUUAUCAGAAGGGACGGU